AUGACGAUAUUGGUCUUGGGUGGGAAUGGCAAGACAUCAAGUGCGCUUUCAACGCUGCUAGAAGAGAAAGGCAUCCCUUUGAUCACAGCGUCGCGAACGCCUUCAAACAACGGUUCACGGAAACAUAUCAAGUUCGACUGGCUCGACGAUAGCACAUAUGAUCUUCCGUUCCAGGCGGCCAACGAUCCGAUCACUGCAAUUUACAUGGUGGCGCCCCAGAUCUCGGAUCCAUUCCCUUCAAUGAAAGCAUUUAUCGAUCAUGCUCGGGGAAAAGGCACAAAGCGGUUUGUGCUCCUGAGCGCAUCUGUGAUCCCCAAGGGUGGUCCUGUCUAUGGCAAGGUGCAUGAGUACCUGGAGACUUUGGGCGUUGAAUAUGGGGUUCUCAGACCGAGCUGGUUCAUGGAUAACUUUAUCGACGAGAGCAGUCGGCAUCUAAGGUUCCAUGACAAUCUCAUUUCCUCUGCAACGCAAAAGGGGAGGGUACCAUUCGUCGCAACGAGCGACAUUGCCGCCAUGGCUUUCCACCUACUGACGGAUGAAAAAGCCCAUGAUACAGACUAUUUUGUCCGAGGCCCAGAGCUUUUGUCCUAUGACGAGGUAGCGCAGAUAAUUUCAGAGGUGACUGGAAAACCCAUCAAUCAUGAACACAUGUCUCUUGAAGACCUUGAGGCAAAGUUCUCUGCAUCUGAGAUGCCUCAAGAGUAUGCGAAGAUGUUGGCCGGCUUGGAUGGCCACAUUGCAAAGGGAUUGGAGGCCGAACUCGAUGAUGCGGUAUUGAGGGUGACAGGGAAUCCCCCAAAGAGCUUUCGCGCAUUUGCGCAAGAAAAUCGAGAGAAGUUGUUGUGA